AUGCGUCCAAUUGCCCCGAUCAUUGCAGGAUUCCUGCUACCCUCGGCUUCAUCUCUGAGCAUUCCCUUGCAGCAAUUCCUCCCUUCAUGGACCGAACAAGACAAUGGCUUCUGCCCUCUGCCCUCGAAGAUAACCCCACCUAAUGACGGAUUAACUUCCUCUCUGCGAUAUGUUCAGGAUGAUAGUCUCCGAUCGCGUCAGGCCGAGCGUCUCUCCAGAGCUGUUCAGGUCCCUACCACUGUCACUGACCACGCAAAUGACCCCUAUGAUCCAGCAUUCGCCCCAUUUGUGAAGUUCCAAGAGCUCCUUGAAUCUCUUUUCCCCUUGACCCACCACAAGGCCCGCGUAGACCAUAUCAACAGAUUAGGUCUGGUCUUUACCGUCAAUGGCACCGACACGUCCCUCAAGCCAUUGCUAUUCAUGGCCCACCAAGAUGUCGUCCCUAUCAACGACCCUGCCGACUGGACAUACCCCCCAUUCGAGGGCCACUUCGACGGCGAAUGGCUCUGGGGCCGCGGUGCCAGUGACUGCAAGAACGUUCUGAUCGGCCUCCUCUCUGUCCUCGAGGACCUCCUAGCCCAAGACUGGAAGCCUACACGCAGCGUCGUCUUCGCCUUCGGUUUCGACGAGGAAUCCCACGGCUUUCUCGGUGCCGGCUCCAUCUCGAAACACCUCGAGGAGAAAUACGGCCCCGACAGCUUCGAAUUCAUCCUCGACGAAGGCGGAAUGGGCCUCGAGAUCAUCGGCGAUCCAGACGAUGACAACAGCGUCGUCUACGCCCUCCCAGGCGUCGGCGAGAAAGGUGCCCUCGACAUCGUCAUCGACCUCCACAUCGCCGGCGGCCAUAGCUCGGUACCCCCCGCACACACAGGCAUCGGGAUCGUGUCCGAGAUCAUCUACGAGCUCGAGCGACAAGAUCUCUUCAUCCCCGCCCUGAACGAAGAUCACCCUACGCGGAAGAAACUCGAAUGUCAAGUCCGCCACUCCCCGGAGCAAGUUGAACCCUGGCUCGCCUCCGCCCUCCAAUCCUCCGACGCCACGACCCUCGCCGAGAAAGUCGCCGCCGCCCGCGGCGACAAAGUCCGCUUCACGCUCCAAACCUCCCAAGCGGCCGACAUCAUCACCGGGGGCGUGAAAUCCAACGCCCUGCCCGAGACGAUCUCCGCGCUAGUCAACUACCGCGUCGCCCUGCACGAAACCCCCCAGACCGUCCUCGACCGCGCCAUCCGCAUCGUCGGCCCCAUCGUCGAGAAACACAACCUCACCUGGUCCGCUUUCCCCUCGACCCCUACAGACCAAGACCAGAAGCAACUCAACCACCUCACCCUCUCCACCCCCAGUAACCCGCUCUCCCCGGCCCCCGUCAGCCCGACAGACCCCACCCGCGACUCCGUCUGGGCUCGCUUCGCCGGCGUGACCCGCUCCGUCUUCGAGUCCAUCCCCAGCCUCGGGGGCAAGAAGGUCGUCGUGAGCGGAGACAUCAUGACGGGAAACACGGAUACGCGGUUCUACUGGCCCCUGUCGCGGAAUAUCUAUCGGUGGAGCCCGUCGAGGGCGGACAGGUCGUUGGAUAUUCAUACGGUGGAUGAGCGGAUCGCGAUCGAUGUGCAUUUGGAGGGGAUGGUGCUUUAUUAUGAUCUUAUUCGCUCUUUCGAUACGAAAUCCAACUAA